UCAAGCUACCCUCAUUUGGCUACAUUCAGAUUCGUAUGCAUGCAUAACACAAGAAGCAAAAGUACUGUCUGAGAGGGAGAGAGGGAGAGGGAGAGAUAAGAAGAACAAAGAUGGGUUACCAUUCGUUCUUGAGAAGUCCAAAGAAAGAAGAACAGGAAGUGCCAGAAACUGUCCUAACUGAAUUUUCCGACACAAAGGAUGCUUUUUAUGCCGAUGAAGAACUCGACAUCAUGGAUGAACUGGAGGGUAUUUGGGGCAUUGAAGCCGACGAAAAAUUACCACAGAACAGCAAGAAGUAUGGUCAACUCAACUGGGAUUUCAUGGAUUGGGAAGAAUUUCCAUUUAGAGAAGGCCGUACUGAAGAACAAGAUCAUCAGCAGAAAGUGUUUGAAGAAGAAAGCUACGGUACAACUGGCAAGGUUAUAAAGAAGGAGAAUCUUGGGCUUUUGGAGGAUGAUGAUCAUGAUGAUGAGAAGAAGGCAUCAUUGAAUUUGAACUUGAAUUAUGAAGAUGUCUUAGAUGCUUGGUCCGACCGGGGGUCUCUUUGGGCUGAUGAUUAUUCUCCUUCCAUGGCAAGCAAUGGCUAUUAUACGAGAGAGGUGCCUGUGAUGGAAGAGGAGAGAACAAGAAGGGAAGCAAGAGUUCUAAGGUACAAGGAGAAACGCCAGACCAGGUUGUUCUCAAAGAAGAUAAGAUACCAAGUUCGCAAACUCAAUGCAGAUAAAAGGCCUAGACUCAAGGGUCGGUUUGUGAAGAGAGUUUCUUGACAAUAUAAUUAGAUGCUCGAACUUGGACGAAGAAAUAUCUCUCAAAAUAUCUCUAUAAAUAUUGAAUCUUUUCUAGAAUAUCCUUUUUAGUAAUUGCAUCUGUUGAAAAUAUCUCCACUCAGCAGACUUUCUGUGCACAUGUUAUGGAACUUUAUAUGGUGGACUUGAAAGGCCCUAUCAUGCCAAAUUGACAGACCCCAUUAGUUAAUAUCAUGGUCCAUCUCCAUCCCAGCUCUCAGAUCAUGAACCGUAUGACAAGAUUUUGAUCUUCAGCAAUCCAACGGUCAGCAUUCAGAGGGAUAUAUAUAUAUAUAUAUUAAUGUGUAUAUAAGGGGGUAUGUAUAAUAUUGUAUUCAGCAUAUUAUACAGUACUGGUCCCCAUGAUCGAUCCAUCUCCAUCACCAUUUUUAUCUUGUUCUUUUUUCCUGGUUU